AUGCAGAUUAUCCAGUGGCUGUACCUCUGCGGGCUGGUGUUUGCUGUGCUGAUCCCAGCAGGGUGGCAGAUGGGCCCCAAGGACUUGGAUGACAUGGCCAGUUGGCAGUCAGAUGAAUCCCAAAGCACCCAAACCUUCGCAUCCAACAUCAAACGACACUCAGAAGGCACCUUCACCAGCGACUUCACCCGCUACCUGGACAAGAUGAAGGCCAAGGACUUUGUGCAUUGGCUCAUCAACACCAAGCGGUACAG